CCCCACACACAUCGUCCCGUGCUGAGAUAAAUUCCUAAAGGGGGGGUCGCAUCGGCGGAGAGAAAAUGUCGGGGCAGACGCUCACGGAUCGCAUCGCCGCUGCGCAGUACCAGCUGACGGGCUCGGACAUGGCCCGGGCGGUCUGCAAGGCCACCACGCACGAAGUGAUGGCGCCCAAGAAGAAGCACCUGGACUAUCUGGUGUCGGCCACCAACACCACCAACGUGAACAUCCCUCAGAUGGCCGACACGCUGUUCGAGCGGGCCACCAACGCCAGCUGGGUGGUCGUCUUCAAGGCCCUCGUCACCACCCAUCACAUGUGUGUCCACGGCAACGAGAGGUUCAUUCAGUAUUUGGCUUCCAGGACUUCCUUGUUCAACCUCAGCAACUUUAUUGACAAAACCGGCUCUCACGGCUACGACAUGUCUACGUUCAUCAGGCGGUACGGACGGUACCUGAACGAGAAAGCCUUCGCCUACCGCCAGAUGGCUUUUGACUUCACCAGAGUGAAGAAAGGCGCCGAGGGAGUGAUGAGAACCAUGACCACCGAGAAGCUGCUGAAGGGAAUGCCGGUUCUGCAGACUCAGAUCGACACACUGCUGGAGUUUGACGUUCAUCCCAAGGAGCUGAACAACGGGAUCAUCAACGCUGCGUUUCUGCUUCUCUUCAAGGACCUGGUCAAACUGUUUGCAUCCUACAACGACGGAAUCAUCAACCUAUUAGAGAAAUUCUUCAAGAUGAAGAAAAGCGAUUGUAAGGAGGCGCUGGAGAUCUACAAGAGGUUCCUGACCAGGGUGACGAAGAUCGGAGAGUUCAUGAAGUUGGCUGAGACGGUCGGAGUUGACAAAAACGACAUUCCUGACAUCAACUACGCUCCCAGCAGUAUCCUGGAGUCCCUGGAAACACACAUGAACGGCCUGGAGGACGUAAAAGGAGGAAAGAAGGGAUCUCCAACAAAGGGUUCUCCAACGAACAACGUGUCUCCGACAUCGACUCCGGCCAAAUCCUCGAACGCCGUCCCGACACUGCAGCCUCCUCCCGGGGAGAGCGCCGGAGCUGCUGCCUCGGCCGCUCCAGAAGCAGCCGAAGAUUUAAUUUUUAAUCUUUAUUUUGGCGGCGCCUCAUUGGUGCCUGCAGAAAUGGGCGACUCCUUGCUAUCCGAACCCACCCUCACAGCAGAGCCCGCCCCUUCCCCUGCAGCAGCCACGCCCACUCCUGCAGCGGCAGAACCCGGAGGCUCUCUAGCUCCUCCCACUAGCACGGCAGCCGCCGCCGCCGCCACCUCCCCUGGCGCCGCCGCCGGUAAUAUGGAUCUGUUGGGAGAUGCCUUUGCCACACCUGCUCCCGCCGCCGAGGCCUCUGCAGCUGCAGCCGAAGGUGGAGCUGCAGCCACGUCCGCCCCGGCCGCCAACGCCGGAGCUGACCCCUUCGCUCCGUCCGACUGUAGCUCCACGGCGGUGUCCUCGGGUCUCGACCUGUUCGGCAUGAUGACGGCGGACAGCGGCGGCGGCCCGGCGGGCUCUCUGGACGCCUGCUUUAGCUCCCCUUCCCCUUCCCCCUCGCCGCUGUUCGCCUCCUCGUCCGGCACCAUCGUCACCACCGCCACCAUCUCCGCCCCGCUAGCGUCCAGCGCCGACCCUGCAAAUGACCUUUUCAGCGAUAUCUUUGACUCCAUGCCGGACGUCGCCAAAGCAGAGUCGACUCCCGGCGCCGACUUGUUUUCAGGAGUGGAUGUGUUCAGCUCCCCCGUCCUCUCCUCAGCGCCCCCACCCAAAGUAGACACGGGAGCCAUCAUGAGCCUGUUUGGUGAGUCCACAGGAGGCGACGCCCCGGCUGCUGCUGCUGCUCCUGCUGCCCCCGGAGCCGAGCUGAUGUCAGUAUUUGAUGGCUUAGGGGAUGUAAUGAAGCCCACUGUGACCCCUCAGGCGGGGGAUGUUGACGCCUCCAUGGCCAACAUGGCAGCUAGUAAUCUGGGCUUCACUGGCUAUUCAAUGGACCAUCUCCCCUUUAGGUGGCGCUCACGCUCCCCCCACGCCGCAGAUAUCGUGUCUCACUGUGUGUUUUCCGUCCGUCUGUCCAUGUUUAAGGCCGGGGCACCAGGCGCCGGAGCUCCCAUGAUGCCGAUGGCGAGGCCAGGCUUCCCAGCCGCCGGAGCGACUCCCGGAGCGCCGAUGUCUCCUGGAGUGGCCCAGAGCCCUAGAAAGCCUCCCCCGCCCAGGAACGCUCUGGACGACCUCAACAUUAAGGACUUCAUGUAGACUGAUGGACCCAUAAACCCCCCAAGGUUUGUCAUUUGUGUCUGGAGCUCUGUGGAUGUGGAUGUCUGCACUUCCUGCCCUCCCCGCCUCCCCCCCUUCAGCCAACCAGCCCGUCAUCUCUCCGCGAACCUCCUCCCUCCCUCAGCCGUGAAAAGAAUUAAACCCGUCCUUAUCUAAUGUCGUAGCACAACUGUGAAUGUGAACCCCUAGAUACAGAAAAACAAAAAACAAAAACAGAAUUGGUGUGUGUGGGUGUGCGUGUACUUCAGUGUUAACCUUUACUUAAUAUACUACUGGGGAAAAAAAACAAAAACAGAUAAAUAAAUAAAUGUGUAUUUAGAUUCAUUCUGGAUUUCGGCGUAUCAGCUGACUGGGGAUGGCGGAUAAAUGUCGUUUUUUUGUUUUUUUUUUCUUUGCGCAUCUCCCAGACGAGGACUGUGUUGUUUAAAUGUGGACUGUGUUCGGUGUAACUUCACUGGCCAACCCUCCCACUCCCACUCCCACUCCCACCAACUAAUACUGAGCUAUGUUUAAUGUCACUGAAGACUUGGUUGUUCCUAUAUCUGCUUGGCCGUCCAUCCUCCCACCUGUCAGGAUUCAAAUGCAAAUCUGGACUUAUCAUCAUCAUCACCAUCAUCAUCAUCAUCAUCGUUGUGUGUUCAUUUAUACUUUAUUUAUUUUUUUGUUAGCAUAUGUUAUAUGAAACAUGCAAAAAAACUCAAGUUGACAUAUGCAUCUUAGACUAUUUUCAACGAUAGAUUAUUUUCUUUAUUUUGAGUGAAUAAAAUGCAUCAUAUAUUUUUAGUUACAUUAAAUUAUACGGUUGAAAACAAAAAAAAAAGGCAAGUAGAUGAAAUAACCUUCCCCCUCCACCCGCUCUUUGUACAUACCUCUAAAUCUGUGGGAAAAAAAAAAAGAGGCGGUGCAGAAUGGAAACGUCGCCGCCCCCUGCUGGCGCGGAGUGGAACUGGAUUUAUCCUCCUCAAAGAGCUCCUCUCCUUCCUGGUUUUCGCCUCGGGACGGGAAUCGAAGAGAAAAGGCAGCGUUAGUGGUUAUUGGCUGGAUGUUCUGUGUGUCGUUUAUUUCCAAACAGUGACUGUAUCUUAAUCCAUUGUGGCAAGUGUUGAACGAAAAAUAAAGGUGACUGUGACACAUGAAACCUAAACGAACGUGGAUAGAUAAUGUUUAUUCAUAUGAAGGCUGUGGUUGUUCUUUUUUGUUUUUUUCUUUUGGAGUUUCUUUUCUUUUCUUUUCUUUUCUUUUUUGGGUUUUUAUGGAUGGCAUCGUCCUCCCUCCCUCGACCCCACCUGCAUGUAAGUCCAAAUGAGAUGCAAUAAAAGACAAAUACACUGA